GUUCAUCAACUACAAGUUCAACUACUUCUCAUACAACCACUACAGGGUCAACGUCUAGUUCAACCACUUCAAGUUCAACCACUUCUAGCACAACCACUACAGGAUCAACCACUUCUCAUACUACUACAGGUUCAACCACUUCUCACACAACUACUACAGGCUCAACGUCUAGUUCAACAACUUCGCAUACAACCACUCCUAGUUCAACUACUUCUCAUUCAACUACUACAGGUUCAACCACUUCUCAUACUACCACUCCAAGUUCAACUACUUCUCAUACAACUACUUCUAGCACAACAACUACAGGCUCAACUACUUCUCAUACUACAAGUUCAACUACUUCUCACACAACUACUACAGGAUCAACUACUUCUCAUACUACCACUACAGGCUCAACCACUUCUCAUACUACCACUACAGGUUCAACAACUUCUCAUACUACCACUCCAAGUUCAACCACUUCUCAUUCAACUACUACAGCACAACUACUACAGGCUCAACCACUUCUCAUACUACAAGUUCAACCACUUCUCAUUCAACAACUACAGGUUCAACAACUUCUCAUACUACCACUCCAAGUUCAACCACUUCUCAUACAACUACAGGUUCAUCAACUACAAGUUCAACCACUUCUCAUACUACCACUACAGGUUCAACUACUUCUCAUACUACUACUACAGGCUCAACCACUUCUCAUUCAACUACUACAAGCUCAACAACUUCUCAUACUACCACUACAGGCUCAACCACUUCUCAUACUACAAGUUCAACUACUUCUCAUACUACUACUACAGGUUCAACUACUUCUCAUACUACAAGUUCAACUACUUCUCAUACUACUACUACAGGUUCAACUACUUCCCAUACUACUACAGGUUCAACUACUUCUCAUACUACCACUCCAAGUUCAACUACUUCUCAUUCAACCACUACAGGUUCAACCACUUCUCAUACUACUACUACAGGCUCAACCACUACAGGAUCAACUACUUCAAGUUCAACUACUUCUCAUACAACUACAAGUUCAACUACUUCUCACACAACUACCACAGGAUCAACCACUUCUCAUACUACAAGUUCAACCACUUCUCAUACUACCACUACAAGCUCAACCACUUCUCAUACUACUACUACAGGUUCAACCACUUCUCAUACUACGACUACAGGUUCAACAACUUCUCAUACUACCACUCCAAGCUCAACCACUUCUCAUACUACUACUACAAGCUCAACCACUUCUCAUACUACAAGUUCAACCACUUCUCAUUCAACCACUACAGGUUCAACCACUUCUCAUACUACCACUACAAGCUCAACCACUUCUCAUACAACUACAGGUUCAACAACUUCUCAUACUACCACUCCAAGCUCAACGACUUCUCAUUCAACCACUACAGGUUCAACAACUUCUCAUACUACAAGUUCAACCACUUCUCAUACAACUACAGGUUCAUCAACUACAAGUUCAACGACUUCUCAUACUACAACUACAGGUUCAACAACUUCUCAUACUACUACUACAAGCUCAACCACUUCUCAUUCAACUACUACAAGCUCAACAACUUCUCAUACUACCACUACAGGUUCAACCACUUCUCAUACUACCACUCCAAGUUCAACCACUUCUCAUACUACUACUACAGUUCAACUACUUCUCAUACUACCACUACAGGCUCAACCACUUCUCAUUCAACCACUACAGGUUCAACAACUUCUCAUACUACCACUCCAAGUUCAACCACUUCUCAUUCAACAACGUCUAGUUCAACUACUUCUCACACAACUACUACAGGCUCAACGUCUAGUUCAACCACUUCUGGUUCUACCACUUCAGGCUCUACUACUUCCACUACUUCUGGUUCAACCACCUCAACCACUUCCACCACUGUCUACACAACAGUUUCUACAACUACAUCAGGCACCACUACAUCAGCAACCACGACUUGGACUACUACAUCGUCCACCACUUCUGCCACCUCGCAAACAACUACUUCGACUACCAACUUCUCUACCACUUCAUCUACCACCACAAGCACUACGACGAGCACAACCACCCCCCAUUAUACGACUAUUUGGACUACUGUACGAACGUAUACGACCACUUACCCCGGCCACCCUAGUUCUUACCCGCCCCACCCUGGCCCGAUCAAUCCUCCCCCAGGACAUCCUGGUCCAGUUCACCCUACUCCAGUCCCCGCGCCCCCCCAUCAUAUCCCUGGGUCCAAGCCUCCGCCAGCCCAGGUCCCCAAGAAUUCCGCAAAUGCCUCUGGCACACCCCUGGGCAGCGUCCUGAUUGCAGUUGCUACGUUCCUUUUUGCUACUAUUUAA